AUGCCUAAACCAUCACUACGCAGUCGAAUCACCCUCAAUAAUGGCAUAAAAAUGCCACGCAUUCAUCUCGGUGUUUACAUGACUUCUGGUCACGAAACCGUAACCGCGGUAACAAUAGCUCUCUCAGCAGGAUAUGAAGCAUUUGAAGAGCAAGUAGGAUUUGCAAUCAAUAAUUGGCUUAAUGUCAUUCCAGUAACUGGUUUACGACGAAAUUAA